CAUCUUCUCUCUCUUCAACCCUUUCUCAUAAAACUAACGCCGGUUUCAGGUUUUACCUCUUCUUCUUCUUCAUAUUAUUACUUUCUCUCUCCUCCUCUUCAUCCACCUUCUCUCUCUACAUCUAUGGUUUCCGGCGUUGCGCAUUUUUGUAUAUCAUAUCGUAAACCUAAAAAUUAUUCAAGAAAACGGCAAAGUGGUAAGCCAGGAGACUCCUUGCUUGGCUGAGAUCUUGAUGAUAAAAAAAUGGGUGAAAGCUUCUUUUUCCUAGCAAGGAGUCGUUGAUGGAGGACAGAGAUAAAAUUUGCCAUGCAUCUGUCAGCAUCAGACCUGCCGAAGCUGUCUGACAGAUAAGGGAGCAAACUUUUUUUUUAUAUGAAUUUUCCGAGUAGGGUAGCUUGUGUGUGUGAAUCUGCUUGGCAACCAGGACCAAAAGUGUUGUUGCGACAGUUAAGCUAGUUAGCUUCUGGUUCAGCCGAAGCUGUCUGACAGAUAAGGGAGCAAACUUCUUUUUUAUAUGAAUUUUCCGAGUAUCGUAGCUUGUGUGUGUGUGAAUCUGCUUUGCCAACCAGGACCGAAAGUGUUGUUGCGACAGUUAAGCUAGUUAGCUUCUGGUUCAGCAGGAUCAAACUUUUAUCAGUUGGUGGACCUAUGGUUCAAUAAUUCACAUUAAUGCUGUUUUUUCAUCUAUUCAGUGCUCAGAACUUUGCCAGCCAUGAAUUAUUGAAUUAUGCUUUUGCUCUUUGUUUCCAAGCAGCUACUGUUACUGCUUUCAUCACCUUUAGCAAUGUUGAUCUGAAUGUUUUUGAGUUGAUGAAUUCAUUAUUUUGUAGUUUAGUUUAUGUGUAUGCUUAUUAUUGAACCACAAAUAAUAAUAACAUAAAUCCGCAUAGCUGGUUGGUCUGGUCGUGAUAGGCCUACCGAGAGACACAAGAUGCUAUGCUCUUACAUGUUAACUGAUCUUGUCAUAGUUUCAUUCCUGCAGGUAGGUGUUGCAUGCUCAGUUUUGUGGUGGAUCUGUUUCUUGAGAUUUCUAAGUCAGAUUGUUCUUUUAGUUGCUUAUGACUUGGAAUGGGUUCAGCUUGUUGUGUAGCUGCUAGAGAUACUACUAUUCCCAACAGAAGCAGAAAUGGAGAAUCUCAGAGGCAUACGAGAUAUUCUCCAUCUUGGAGCUUUCAAUGGGAUAAUUACCGACGUGUGGCAGGUGAAAUCGGGAAUCCUUCAUGUCAAUCUGGGGAAAGAACAAGUGUAGAUGUUAGAGUAGAGUUGAAAGAUGGUAUCGAUUCAGAGAGGGGAAUUAUUUCAGAUGGUGGUAGUCCUUUGCAUAAUCUUGGCACACCUAUUUCACAGAAGUCUCCUUCUUAUGAAGGCGUCAGCACAAACUACAUGUCUCCUUCAGAGACAUCUAUGACAAGCAACCACUUCUCAAAGAUGAAUAAUUCUCUGGAAGUGCCUGAAAUUUCUGCUGUCCCACUGACUCUUCAAUAUUCCAUGCCUUCAUGUUCAUCUUUCUCAACACCUGGUGAACACUUAUGCUCACAGCGACAUCUAGUUCCUGCCAGUUCAACCCCAUCAAGACGGGCUCGACGGUCACCUGGACAUCAGCUCUUUAGGCAGAUUUCAGAUAGUAAAAUCCUGGGAUUGAAAUCCCCAAAUAGCAAUUCGAUCUCAGAAGGAAGACCAUCAUUUGUGCUCUCCACAUAUAGUAAUGACCUGGCUGGUGGAUCUUCCGAUGGUUGGUCAUUGCGCACAUUUUCUGAACUUGUUGCCUCCUCUCAAAGAGAAAGAUGGUCUUUUGACAGUGAGCGUUUUGGUUCUGGUCGUCAUAAGAUUAGUGGGUCAAGCAGCAGGUUUUCUUAUUCCCCUUCUCUUGAUCUCCAAACAUGUGGGGCGUGCUUAAAGGUCUUGGCAGAAUUCUCAGUUGUUGCUGUUCUAGUAUGUGGUCAUGUGUAUCAUGCUGAAUGCUUAGAGAGCAUGACUACGGAAGCCGAAAAAUAUGACCCUGUUUGCCCAAUUUGCACUGUUGGGCCAAAGCAAGCCUCUAAAAUGUCUAGAAAAGCUUCAAGGGCAGAGGCUGACUUGAGAAUGAAAUUUCAGAAAAUAUCAAGAAAUCGUGUUAUAGAUAGCUAUCUUGAUGGUGAAGUUGAUAACUCUGAACAUCAAAAAAAUAUAGGCAAAGGAAAGUUGCCCAAGUUGGAGCCAAGCACUAGUUCUAGGAUUGCAUUUGCAAAACCUUUCUUGAAGCGACAUUUUUCCCUUGGAUCCAAGCUUAUUAAAUCUGGUUCAGAUCACCAGUCUUGUAAGAAAAAAGGAUUCUGGGCCAGAUAUCGCAAAGAUUGACCUUUGAUCAUUUACUUCUGCUCAUCUACCUGCGCUCAUUUUGUUAGAUGGAAUUUUGGGAGUGCCAUUUAUUUUAGCUGGAUUUACCCAGAGUUAGUCUUUUGGAAAAGAAACUCAGUAAGAUGUACCAUAGUAGAUUGGAGGGCGUUGAAAGAAGCCGAACUGUUGCUUGCACCACAUAAAGGGUCUCUUACACCACACGGUUGGAGGAGGUGAUAUUUGACUGGAAUUUGUUAAUGGGAAACUUUUUAGUACUUUUUCUUCUGUAAGAUCUAAUUAUUGGACUUUGGAGAUCCUUUCUUGGCUAGUGAUGAGAUUGAUUGCUGCAAUAGUUUGGCAACUAUAUGCCCCAGUAACAAGAAAGACCAAUAUUGGUUGUAAUUUCUUAGUGUUGCAUAUACCGCGUGUUUUUUUCGGCGGUUUGUCUCACUUCUAGAGUGAGCUUGAUCAUUGUUAAUGUAUUUUGGCUGUUUUUUGUAGCAUAACUGUUUGGCUACUUGACAAUAGCCUUAUUAUGCAAUCAGUUGCUAACCGCACCUUGCACAAA